AUGGAAGUGGGAAACAGAAGCACCUACAACACACCGCACUGCUUUGUAACCAUGUUGUUUGUGCUUUGGACACCUAUCCCAAACGAGAGCAUUCAGUUAAACUUUCAUUUUGCUUUUGAGUUGUCCGAAGAACACACUUUGAGGCAACUCUGUUUGGCUAAGAGAAGUGAACACUGGUUGAGAAUUGAGAACCUUCAGGAAAAAUUAGGCAAACAGUCUUCGUCAUUGUAUGUCGAAGUUCCCGUUGCUGCAUCCUGUUGCCAUUUGCACCAGGAAGACUCCCUUGUGUGCAGAAGCGAUGUUGUCGGGGAAGAUCUUUAA